AUGAGGGCAUUACAGUCGGACGGUGGCUUGCAUGAGAUGCUGCUUAUUCUGGCACAGCUGAGCGAAGCCCUUCAAGCCAUGUUUCCUUCUGUUCUCACUAGCAAGACUGAAGGGAACACAAUGAUCAAAGUGUGGCGGCAGAUCCAGGAAAAUCAUCACGAAGAGUACCUUCACCGCAAGGAUCUGUACACCACGCUGCUCAUGACUGUGGCAGAACCCGGAGGAAUUGUUUCUGCAUUGAGGCACAGGUUCCAGGCUCCACCUCCUCCAAGAGAGCUGCCUUCUGCCCCACUUUUGCGCCACGCCUUUCUUCUAGCUGAGGCCAAUAAUGUCCAGGACUACCGGAACCAGAUCCUUUCCACUUUUGGCACAGUGUUAAAAAUGGAUUCCACCAAGAAAGUGGUGAAGAAACUGUCUGGAGAGGGCCAUGGCUCAGCUCAGUGGUUCACCAGUAUUGCCAAUGAAUUCUCCCAAAUAGUGACCUUUGUGUUGACCUGUGAGGAGUCCACAGUGAAGCUGGCACCAAUGUGCAGUGGAGUCAUACAAAGGUUCCGACUGGCUAAUCAACCGGUCCCCAAAAUUUUGUAUGUGGACCAUGGGUGUUGUCGUGCACAAGGUCCAACAGCUGUUGAGACUCUGUUUGAGGCUUGGGUGAACAGGGGAAUGGUUGUGCGUUUAGACAUCUUCCACUGGAUUCACCGAUUUGACGCAGCCAUUCGAACAGACAGUCACUCUAAGUACGCUGCUUUAAGUCUGCGCUGGCUGGCGCUGCUGUCAGGGCCAAGCACCACAGGUUGA